ACCGUGAUUCCGGCCAUGGAUCUCAUUGAUGAAAAGCUCACUACGUACUCCCACAACAGACAAUAUCACUCUUCAAUCCGCUCAGCUGUUCAGCUGGCAAAGGUAACACUUAACCGGUACUAUCAACUUACAGAUCAAUCCGAAGUCUAUCGCAUUGCCAUGGUAUUACACCCACGUCACAAGCUCGUAUACUUCAGGAACGCUCGAUGGGAGGACGACUGGGUCACGACAGCUGAAAAGCUUGUCCGUGACCGAUUU